AAUAAAACUUUCAUAACGUUCAUCUCACUUCAACAGCUGCAAAAACACUCUUCUUCUUCCUCUUCCCUCUCUUUCCAACGUUUGAAUCUCUCUCUCUCUCUCUCUCUCUCUCUCUCUCUCUCUCUCUCUCUCUCUCUAACAAUGAACAUGAAGCAAAAGAACAACAACAACGUAGAUAAUGGUUUCUUCGGAACCUUCACUUCCACUUCAAUCAAAAACCUUCUUCCAAUUUCAUCCUUCCGCAAAACCAUUUCUUCAAACCCAAAAUCCAAUCUUGAAAACAUUCCCCCAAUCAAUUCAAACAUACCCAAAAUUCAACCAAACCCUAAAACCCCAUUUUCUCAUAACAACCCUCAUGUCAAGGUUGUGGUGAGAAUUAGACCUAAAGAGGGUGAUUGUGUAAUUAACAAGGUUUCUUCUGAUGCUUUGUGUGUUGGUGAUAGACAGUUCAAUUUUGAUCAAGUUUUUUAUGCUGACUCAAAUCAGGAAGAUGUUUUUCAGUCAGUGGGUGUUCCCUUGGUUCGAAAUGCUUUAGCUGGUUACAAUACUUCAAUUCUGUCAUAUGGCCAGUCUGGAAGCGGAAAGACUUAUACAAUGUGGGGUCCGCCGAGUGCCAUGGCUGAGGAUCCUUCGCGUAAUAGCCACGAGGGAAUUGCUCCUCGGAUCUUCCAAUUGUUAUUCUCUGAGCUUGAAAGAGAGAGACUUGUGUCGGACCAGAAGCAGUUCACAUAUAAAUGCCGUUGUUCUUUUCUUGAGAUAUAUAACGAUCAAAUUGGGAAUUUACUCAAUCCAAGUCAGAGGAAUCUUGAGAUGAAGGAUGACUCCAAAAAUGGACUAUAUGUUGAGAAUCUGAUUGAGGAAUAUGUCACAUGCUACGAUGACGUGGCACAAAUUCUGAUUAAGGGACUUUCAAGCAGAAAAAUUGGAGCAACAAGCUUAAAUUUUAAUAGCUCUAGAUCACAUAUCAUUUUCACUUUUGUCAUUGAGUCUUUGUGUAAGGGGACCACAAAGGGUUUCAGUAGUUUAAAAGCUAGCAGAAUCAGCCUUAUUGAUCUUGCCGGAUUGGAUGUGGGUAGUGUUGACGAUGGAAGAAGACAUGUACAGAAAUCAUUAUCUCAGCUUGGGCAUUUAGUGGAUGCUCUUGCUGACAAAUCCCUGUCUGGAGAAAAUGAAGAAAUUCCACCAAGAAACUCAUCUUUAACUCAAUUGCUACAAGAAUCACUUGGUGGAAAUGCCAAACUCUCAGCAAUAUGUUCCAUCUCCCCUGAUAACAAGAACAUUGAUGAAACACUCUGCACACUCAGAUUUGGGGAGAAAGUAAGAUCCGUCAGAAACAAUCCAAUUAUUAAUGUUAUAAAGGAGGCCGACGAUUUGAGUGGUAAAAUCCGACACUUGAAGGAAGAACUUGUUAGAGUAAAGGCUGGUGAUGCUCAUAGCUCAGUUGGGGGUAACAAUGGAUGCUUCCAAGGACAUAAUGUGCGGGAAAGCCUUAAUCAGUUGAGAGUCAACUUAAACCGUUCUCUACUCCUAUCUAACUUAGAUAAUAAUACCGAUAAAGCUGUAAAUGUCGGCGAGGAUGACAUAAGGCAAUUACGCCAGCAAAUUGAUGAAUAUAGUUCAUGUGAAGGGAAUCUGAAAUACAUUUCUGUCAGUGAAGAUCAUGUCCAGUUUGAUUCUUUUGAUGAAAAUUAUGAUGAUGCAGACACAACCAUAGGUGAAGAAAAUUCUGUUGGUGAUAGCAUUUCAGUCAUUUCAUGCAGCAAAUCUCCAAUACUUAACGGACCAGAGUUGUCCGAGUCUCCAAAAUUCAGCAAGAACCAAAGGAAAAGCGUGGCUUUUUCAUCGAGUUAUCUAGGAAGUAGGAACAACAUUUCAGAUAGUUCAACUUUUGGGAAUGACCUUUCAGGAAAAUCAGUUAAACAGGGUGAGCAUAUGCAGACUUCAUUACAGUUAGGCAAAGUUGAGUCCUUGGCAGAAAGUCUGCAGAAGGGAUUACAGAUAAUUGAUUAUCACCAACAGAACUCCGCAUUGAACAAAUCUUCAAGUUCCUUCUCCUUUGGCCGUUUAACUUUGACACCUUGUCCAGAAAUCAACAAGGUUGAACCUUAUGAUCAAACAAUACAGCAUAACAUUUCUAGUGAUGAAGUCACUUCCUCAUUCCUUUGUGCAACUUGUUGCACAGAUUUAACAGAUGAAGCUCCAAAGCAUUUGGAAAAUGUAUUGGAAAAAAGCAAGAUGAGAGAGAAGGAGCUUGAGAAUGUUUGUAAGGAGCAAGCAGCAAGAAUUGAGCAACUAAAUCAAUUGGUUGAGAAAUUGAAAGGAGAGAAUAAUCUGAACUCUGUCUCAGGCACUUCCGCAAAUGGUGACACACCAUAUAUCAUAGAGGAAAAAUGUGAAAUUAAAGAAGUCCAAGAAGAGUUAGCUCAGAGAGACAUCUUUUCUGAUUCAACUGAGAAGGAGUCACUUCUCUUGGAAAUUCAGAGUCUAAGGAGAAAGCUCCAAUUAUAUAAUGAUGGAUCAGUCAAAAUGUCUACAGACAAACUUCGAUCUUCUUUGAUGUCUAGAUCCAUGCAACUGCAAAAAAGUGGUAUAUUUUCUCGUGAUAGUAGUAAUGAGGAUCUGGAAAAUGAAAGACAGAGAUGGACAGAAAUGGAAAGUGAUUGGAUUUGCCUUACUGAUGAACUUAGAGCUGACCUUGAGUCGUACCGCCGGCGUGCAGAGAAGUUGGAAACUGAAUUGGAUUUAGAGAAGAAAGGCACAGAAGAGAUGGAUGAUGCACUAAAAAGAGCUGUUAAUGGUCAUGCUAGAAUGGUAGAACACUAUUCCGAUCUCCAAGAAAAAUACAACAACUUGGCUUGUAAGCAUGAUGCUAUGAUGGAAGGGAUAGCAGAGGUGAAGAAGGCAGUGGCAAAAGCCUCGAAAAAAGGUAAAGCACGCUUUGCCAAAUCUCUUUCUGCUGAGCUUUCUGCCUUGAGGUUGGAAAGGGAAAGGGAGUCGAAAUUAUUGAAAAAGGAGAACCAGUGUUUGAAAAUUCAACUUCGAGACACUGCUGAGGCUGUUCAAGCUGCCGGGGAACUACUUGUUAGACUAAGAGAAGCUGAACAAGCAGCAUCUGUUGCAGAGGAAAACUUUGCAAAUGUGCGACGAGAUAAUGAAGAGUUAAAAAUGCAAGUGGAGAAGCUGAAUAGAAAACACAAGACAGAGAUUAAUACCAUGAAGCAGUACCUUACAGAGAGCAAAUUGCCAGAGUCUGCAUUGAAGCCACUGUAUCAAGAGAAUUCUGACACAACACACAAUGAUACAACUUCUUCCUAUGCUUAUGAUGAUCAAGCAUGGAGAGCAGAAUUCGGAGCUAUAUAUCAGGACCAUUACUAAUUCACGUUGUUAGUAUGAUUAGCAAAUGAUCAGUUUGACAUCUGAUAUUGUUCAUAAGAUCAUACUACAACCACCAGUUUGUCUGGAAGUCGAUCCUGCUUGGAUCGAAAGGAACCCGUAAAAGUAAUUUUUAAGUUGUGAUCUAUCAAUCAGCACUGUCUAUGGGAAUUUUAACUCUGUGUGAUGUAUACUAAUACUAUAAGGUAAUAUAGUAGUACCAUUGAAUUCUUUUUACCACCUUGAAUUUUCUUGUGUAAGUAAAGCUUUCUUCUUAGAAAUGCUACAACUACAAGAUGUGAACAGAAAGUUCUGAUUUUUUUCUGAUUCAGUGAGUAAGGAGUGAUUACAAAUCAUAUAUAUGCAUGUAAUCCAAUUUAGUAAUUACUAGAGUUGAACAUAUCAUAUCUAAUCAUAUGCAAUUCGUCCUUCUA